AUGCCUCGGGGCUGGGUGGGGGCGGGAGCGGAGGCCAAGCUCCCCCAGGAGCCGCUGGUCCAGCUGCUGACGGCCCCUGCGCCCGCCACCCCUCAGCUCGCCCCCCAGACAUCUGCAGGCGGCACAGUGCUGACCCGCCGCGAUCGCACAGGGCCGGGCCCCGACUGCCCCGUCUUCCCUCCUCCCCAUCACCAUCCUUCUUGGUCUGUGUCCACUGCUGGGUUUUGGUCCCUGCGGCCAGAGUCCUCCGGCCCCGGCAGGGGUGGGGUGCACCUGCUGUGCGUCCUCCCACAGGGCCCCGUGGGGAGCCGGCCCUGGCCAUGCGGCCUCCCGCCGAGUGUCAGCAGGAACCGCGACUUCCUCCGACCCCCCAGGAGCCGCCAGCGCUCUCCGAACGCCAGCUGCCAGCCCGCCCAGGCCGUGGGCAAGCCGCAUGUGAAGAGGGCUUUUCUGGGCCACGACCCCGAAGGGGCAGAACAGAAUUUCAAAGCGAGCUGCGGGGAAGCCUCACCCCGCACCCCUCCUGGGAAGCCGUCCCGGGCGCCUGGAUGGAUGAGGCAGCGAACGGGUGCGUGGGCACGUCUCACAGCUGCUCCCUGGAGUGAGGUGAGCUCGUCCUGCGACUCCGGCCCCAGAGGCGAGCCGUCCUCCGGCUACUGUGCGAAGCGGAAAGUGGGGAGACCGCAUGUCCCCGCCCCGAGUGCACCCUGCCCCAGCAGCAGGGCGCCCGCCCUCGUCCACCAGCCCCUGAAGGCAGAUCCUGGGCCAGGCGGCCCCACCAGCAGCGGUCGAGAGAGUCUGAGUCAGCUUCCAGGCUAUGGGGCCAUGCCUCAGAACGGUGCUGGAGGGGUUCCCGGGGUCUCGGGGUGCCCGGCACCCUGCCCACUGGGGCCACAGCAGGAGACCCAGGGCACCCCUUCCCCCCAGCCCCUGGCCAAGGCCUCUGUCGGUCACAGACUCAGCUCUGGGGCCCCAGCACCCCCUGAAAUGGGAAUUCAGGAGUGGGGUUCCCCAGAGCGGCGUUGGUCCUGCUGUGAGCUCCGGGACAUGCCCCGAGCAGGUCCUAACCCCUGGGCCACUGCUGCCCACGAUCAGCCACCCCAGCGCUGGCUUCCGUACCCACAAAGCAGGAGUAACCUUCCUGCUAACGUGGAGCAAAGCUGGCACCAUCUCUGGAAAGUGCCUUCUGGGCAGGGAGCCCCCAGCCUGGGACCCAGCGGGCUCCAGGACCAGGGAACAGAGCAGAGGGAGCCCCUCCCGAGCCUCAGGCUCCCCAGCUCUGGGAGGGUGGGGGGCGGGCAUGAGAAAGCGCCAGGACUCCUCCCGGCGUUCCAGCCCAGACCCCCACCCCCAGCCAGCGUGGUAGACCGAUGGCGCUGGUGUCCUGGCGCGGGGGGCGGCUCGGCCCUGGCGGAUCCCCUUCCUCUGGCUCCCAGGACGGGGCGCUCCGCCCCGCGCCCUGUGCCGCUGGCUGCCUGCCAGCUCCCUGGCACGCCUGUGGAGUGCUGUUCUGCCCACUUGAUGGAGGGGGAAACCGAGGUUCCAGGAGCUGGGAUAGAGCCUGUGGCUGAUGGAGCAGACACAGGCCUGCUGACUUUGGAGGCCACGUCUGACCACGCCAGGCUGCGCAGAUGCAGGGCACUGACGGGGCACACACACGGCACCUACUAUGUGCCUGAGCAGAGCUCGUGCUGGAGACUGUCUAAGACAGGAGGCAGCAGCCACAGACAGGAUGUGGGCAGUGCCACGUGCCAGGAUGGGAAGCUGGGGGAGAGGCCCCCGGCUCCAGGGCCCACGGCCACUCAGUCGGUGGUGGCAGCUGCCUGCAGUUCCCACCCAACCCGGAGACCCUUCCCGCCAGCUCCCAGCUGCCAGCCCCCAGGUGGGACCUGCCGGGAAUGA